AUGGUGCCUUCUACAAUUGGACUUACUUCAUGCCACUGCACUAAGGGUAAGCAGGGUGGUAAUCAGCAAAAUCCAGAGCAAGAGAAACAACAGGAUGAUGCUAGAAGGGAAGCUGAUGAACGUAGAGAAAUGAUGCUUAGUCAAAUAUUGUCUUCCCAAGCCAGAGAGAGAAUUGCUCGAAUUGCCCUGGUAAAACCUGAGAAAGCUAGAGGUGUAGAGGAUGUUAUUUUGAGGGCUGCUCAAAUGGGACAGAUAGUUGAAAAGGUUUCUGAGGAGCGGCUUAUUACACUGUUGGAACAAAUAAACAGCCAAACUGCCAAACAAACGAAAGUCACGAUCCAUAGGCGCCGCGGGGUGGAUGACGAUUAGGAAGAAGGAUAUUAUGAUGUACUCGGAACAUCUAUGGGGCAUCUCACUGUUGAGUUG